AUGGAAGUAAAGACAAAUCAACAAGCUAAGUAUAUACUACUCCUGCGUGCAUGGAUAAAGCUGGGCGUCCGGUACCAGGGAGUGAAGGUGGCCAUGGGGCAAGUUUGCGAGUCGCGAUGGAGAUUCAGGGGUAGACAAUCCAAGGGCAGAGUGUGGUUGGGUACUUUUGACGCAGUGGAGGAAACAGCCAGGGCUUAUGACGAGGCCCAAGCUGCUUGCUGCAUGAGAGGCUCAUUCGCAUUUCUCAGCUUCCCAAAUGAAUAUCACCCUGGUUCUAACAUUGCAACGUCAUCUUCUUCAGCUCCUUUGAGGAGCCGCCAUGAAGUGCUCAAGUACUUGGAUGAUAAACUCUUGGAGGAGCUUCUGGACUGA